GUCAGGACGUCGGCCUAGUCUGACCCACAAAUACUAGAGAUAGCAUUACAGGAAGGAAACCAACAUGGAUUCUGCGGAUUCCCUCGUGUUUUUCGUCAACGGUAAAAAGGUUCGAAUUGUGGAACCGGAUCCGGAAACGACACUUUUGCAAUACCUGCGCAGGUCCCUAUAUCUGACAGGCACCAAGCUGGCAUGUGGACAAGGGGCAUGUGGGGCGUGUACUGUCAUGGUUUCUUGUUAUGACGUUACAACAAAAUCAAUAAGAAACAUUUCCGUAAACGCCUGUCUGGUACCGAUAUGUUAUCUACACGGGAUGGCUGUCACCACUGUGGAAGGCGUCGGAAGUACUCGUAAUGGACUUCAUCCCAUUCAGAAAAGCCUUGUGGAGUCUCAUGGUCUCCAGUGCGGGUUCUGUACUCCUGGGAUGGUGAUGACGAUGUAUACACUGUUCAGGAACAACCCAGAACCCACCCAGGAUCAGAUGGAGAGAGUCCUAGAAGGAAAUCUUUGUCGAUGUACAGGGUACAGACCUAUUAUCGACGCAUUUAGAUCUGCUAAAGAGAAUUGUCCUUGCGGUUUGGGAUUAUGUCUAGAGAAAUCAGACAAGUCGGUAUCAACAGAGGAGACUGAACAAUCAAGUGAGAAGCCAAAAAGUGCCACAACACAAGACGUCAUCUUUCCACCGGAAUUACAGUUAACUGCGGCUUACCAUACAAAGUUACUGACGUUUAAGAGUGAAAACUACACUUGGUAUCGCCCAACCACAAUGAAGGACGCUCUCAACCUACAGGAGAACUUCCCCAAUGCGCAAGUUGUCCUUGGUUGUAAUACUAUUGGAUACUUGUUACGACAGGGGAAGUUGACUUCUAACGUCAUCAUUUGCUGUACCCACGUAACGGAACUCCAAGGUGUGCAGCUCAGUGAUUCGCGAAUCAGGAUUGGUGCCGGCGUCUCUAUGGGACAGCUUGAGUCACAACUUUUCAACAUGAACUCAAAUCAGACCGUUUCGGCAAUGAUAGACGUGUUACGAUGGGUUGGUGUGGAUCAAAUCCGAAACACUGCUACAAUUGGCGGUCACGUGAUGAGCCAGAUACCAAACCUAGACAUGCAGACUUUCUUCAUGGCGGCCGGGGCUUCACUCGAGUUUAUGAAGAAGGGUAAAGAUGUACGGAACGUAUUGAUGGACAAUGACUUCAUACAAGAUGUCAAGAAUGGCCUUUAUCACGAUCAAGUGUUAGCUUCUAUUUCGGUUCCUCUUUUGACAGAUGACGAACAUAUUUUCGGGGUAAAACAGCCGAAUCGUCGUGGUUAUGACUACGGAAUCGUCACCACUGGGAUGUACGUACAGUUUACAAAGGGGACCAGAGUGGUCCAGAACAUGAGGCUGGCGUUUGGCGGCACGGAUAAUAAACCGGUACUAGCGACAAAGGCGGCGGCUGCGGCAAUCAAAGAAAUGUGGAACGAAGACAUGCUGGAGAAAGUCAGUAAUGGUCUGGCAUCCGAACUACAAAGCGAAGCAUAUAACAACACAUCUUUCCGAAUUACACUAGCAUGUAGCUUUUUCCUGAAGUUCUUCAUGAAAAUAAAGGCGACACUAGAGACGGAUUCUGAUAAGCUUAGAAUAGGAUUGUCGUACACGCCAGCUUCCAGUGUGCAAGUGUUCGAUGUUCCAGACGAUAGCGGUGCCCACGCCGUGUGGAAACCUAUCCCUAACGUGACUUCAGAAUACAUCACUGCUGGCGAAGCACAGUUUGUGGACGACAACCCAAGUGCAAUGAACGAGCUGUUUGCUGGACUUGUGACCAGUGCACAUGCCCAUGCAAAGAUUGUGUCGGUGGAUGUGUCGGCAGCACUAGAAGUGAAAGGAGUUGUUGACGUCGUAGACUACAAAGAUGUACCCUGUCACAACAAAUACGGGCCAUUAGUUCCUGAUCACAUGCUGUUUUGUGAAGAUGAGGUUUUUCAUCAUGGACAAGUGAUAUGUGCUAUACUAGCAGAGUCCAGAGAGAUUGCAAGCAAGGCGGUCAAACUCGUCAAAGUGGAAUACGAACCCCUUGAGGCAAUAGCAUCGCUGGAGGAUGCAAUCAAGAAGGGAAAUUUCACUGGGCAACCGUACACAGUUGAGCGUGGAAGCCUGGAAAAGGCAGAAAAGGAGGCGGACUUUGUUGUAGAUGGGGAAUGCGAGACUGGGGCCCAGGAACACAUGUAUAUGGAGCCCCAGUCCGCCCUAGUCGUCCCAAGGAAGGAGCAGAAUGAACUCGAUAUAGUCACAACCUCACAGGGUGUCACAGAGAUGCAGACAGAAUUGGCCAAGAUUCUUGGAUUAGAUAGCAGUCGAAUUUCAACAAGAGUUAAGCGUGCAGGGGGUGCAUUUGGAGGAAAAGCUACGGAUUCCAUCUCCUGCGCAGGUUUUGCUGCUGUCGGGGCUUGGAAAACUAGCAGGCCUGUAAGGUGUAUCUAUGACAGAGAAGUUGAUUUCAGACUUACAGGCAAAAGACAUCCCGUGAAGGCCAUCUUCAAGGUAUAUUGCAAGAAGGACGGAAGAAUCAUUGGAGUCGACGUCAAGUACUACUUUGAUGCUGGUCACUCGACAGAUCUUAGUCCGAUUAUAAUGACAAGUGGUAUGUUCCUGACGCAGGGAUGUUAUAAUUUUAUAAACAUGAAAGCGGAGGGUAAGCUUUGCCGUACCAACCUGCCUUCUAAUACUGCCUUUAGAGGAUUCGGAUCUCCGCAGGUCGUAUUUGCUGCUGAGGCGAUGAUAGAAAAGGUGGCUUUCCAACUCAACGUACCUGCUGAUCAAGUACGAAAUAAAAAUAUGAUACGAAACGGUGCUGUGACACCAUUCAACAUGGCGAUUAACGACGACAAUCUGUACCGUUGUUGGGAAGAGUGUAAACGAGACAGCGAAUUCCACAAACGAUCGGAAAGUGUCCAGAUACUGAACAGCGCUAAUCGUUGGAGGAAGCGUGGCAUUUCCAUUAUACCUAUCAUGUUUCCGGUCGGUUAUCCGCCCCUGUUCCUUAAUCAGGGUGGAGCCUUGGUCCUUGUAUAUAAAGAUGGAUCGGUGCUGCUGGCCCACUCUGGUGUGGAAUGUGGACAGGGACUCCACACAAAGUUGAUUCAGGUUGCGGCAUCUGUAUUAGAAAUUCCGCACGAGAAGAUUCUUAUCAGUGAGACUAGCACUACCACAGUACCAAACACUACUGAAACCAGUGGGAGUACUACUACCGACCUCACCGCCGGGGCGGUGCUUGAUGCCUGCAAGAAAAUAAAGGAAAGACUGGCUCCUAUGAAAGAGAAAAAUCCUGACGGUGACUGGAACGCAUGGGUGACCGCUGCAUAUUUUUCAAGAGUCAGUCUCUCUGCAACAGGAUUCUAUGGACCGCGUACAGAAGGAUACGACUUUGCAAAAAACGCUGGGACUCAUGCACACUACUUUACUUACGGAACUGCGUGUACAGAGGUUGAGAUUGAUGUACUAACUGGGGAACACCAGGUGAUAAGGACAGAUAUCGUGAUGGAUGUUGGUAAGAGUCUUAAUCCUGCGAUAGACAUCGGACAGAUUGAGGGAGGCUUCGUUCAGGGCUCUGGAAUGAUGACAACUGAAGAAUUCAAAGUUGACGACAAAGGCCAGAUCGCUUCUGUAGGUCCACUUAACUACAAAGUCCCAGGGAUAAGAAACAUCCCAAGGCAGAUGAAUGUCAAGCUCCUCAAAUACGGUGAAGGUCCGAAGACAGUCUACUCGGCCAAGGGCAUAGGGGAACCGCCACUUCUCCUGGCAGCAUCGGUGUUUUAUGCUAUCCGGGACGCAGUAUUGGCCGCAAGGAAAGAGGAAAACCUUACCGAGGACUACUUCUUUAAAUGUCCGGCGACCGUAGAGAGAAUUCGUAUGGCUUGCCAAGACAAAAUUACCCAGAAGGUGAAAAAUUAGUACAUUAACGUGUUAUUGUUGUUAUUGUAAGUUAAGUAAGCUUCGUUAACUUCAGUCCUCAUCAUAAUGUUUUUUGUACAGUUGCUAGGCAACCAGCAACGACACAUAAUCUAAAACCAGUAUUCUUGCAAUAAAAGAAUUCAA